AUGUCCGAAAGGGCCCUGUCCCAGGGACAGUCUCCGCAAAAUGGCGAGGCCGAGAAAAAACAUCGCCUGCCCGCAUUCCUCGACCAUUUCAAUGCGCGCGAUCUCAAGGUCUUCUUUCGCUGCUGGGUGGCGUUAUGGGUGGCUUCGCUGUUAAUGUUCAUCUCCCCGACGCUGCAGAACAUUGGCACUGCAACCUUCUUUGCCGCCCUCGUCCUGGUGAUGCUGCCCCCAUCGGGGAUUGUCUUCAUCUAUGUUCUCGGCGCUCUGUCCCUCUUCAUCGGCAUUUUUCUUGCAUGGGCAUGGGGUGUCAUUGUGAUGAAAGCUGCGCAGGCUGCGAGGCCUGCAGCUGACACGCAGGCCCGCCUGGCGUCGCUGCAGCAGACCGCUGCAGCGCAGGCCAAUUCGACGGGAGUCCCUGUCGCCAGUAUCGCGCAGAAAAUGGUCUAUGACGGAUACAUGCUCGACGCGCGAGUGACGUCCGUGACCUACUGUCUCCUCUGUCUCUUCAUCUACCUGAUGGCGCGAUUACGAGCCAACAAUCCAAAAUUGGCCUUCACCUCCAUCUACGGAAUCAUCAUCACCGAUCUCUUCCUUAACUUCACUCCCCUCCUACCCUCUUUCAAAGGGAUGCUGCCGCUCUCCUUGGUGAAACCGGCGGCAAUUGGUGUCGGUCUCGGCGUCGCGUGUUCCAUCCUGUUCUUCCCCCGAUCCACCUCGCACGUCGUCCUCGACAGCUUGGAGGACAUUGUCGCGCAACUGAAAGCUCCGCUGACCUUCACCGCAACAACCCUGGGACAAAAGGCGCAGCAGCCGGACAUGCACCGUCUGCAAAAGAUCCGCAUCCAAAUCUUCGGGGAGUACAAGAAGAUGGAGCCAGCGCUUGCCUUCCUCCCGCUCGACUUCUCCGUGGGUUGCUGGGGUGCAGAAGAGGUGAUGCAGCUCAAAGAACCCAUGCGGAAGACCGUGAUGGCCAUCGCGACUUUGUUGGGACUUUCACAUCAGUCGCAUAUACGGCGAGGCCAGCGCGGUCAGUCUGCGCUCGAAAACCUCCGCAAGACCCGCGUAUCCUUUGUCCGCGACAUGACCAACACCCUGGUUGACGAAUAUAUACGGCUCGAAGAGGGCCAAACGGACAGUACCAAAGUCGACAGACUUAGAGGGCUGGUGGUUGGUAUGGUUUUCGAGGAGCACAUGGCCAACACGGUCGACCAGAUCGAAACGCUUCUCGACCGCAUCCUCACCAUGUACACCACCUCCACACGUGUGCGGCUGUGGUGGCCCACUAGUCUAAAGUACGCGGCGCAAUGGUUCUCGAAGAAGAAGACGCCUGCGCCGGACACGGCGCCCGCCACCGACAGCGACCCAGACGACCAGGUUGACGACCUGACCAAAGCCGCGCAGGAGAAACUGCGCAUGCGGCGGGCGUACCGUCCCACGCAGCGCAGCACCAUCGGCCGCCUCAUCCUCGGCACGUACCACUGGUUCACCUCGAACGAAGGCCUCUACGCCCUGCGCAUGGUCGUCGUCACCAUCGCCCUGGGCAUUCCGGGGGUGAUCCCGCACACCGCCGGCUUCUACUACCGCGAGAAGGGCCUCUGGGCCCUGAUUAUGGGACAGACAGGGUUGGUCGUGUACAUGGCCGACUUCACAUUCGCCGUCAUCUCGCGCCUCGUCGGCACCAUCGCCGGCGGCGUCCUCGGCCUCCUCGCCUGGUACAUCGGCUCCGCCAACGGCCCAGGUAACCCAUACGGCCUCGCGGCCAUCAUGGCCGUGAUGCUCAUCAUCUUCCUCUGGGUGCGGCUCUACCUCCCGCCGAACCUCCUCCAGGGUGGCAUCAUGGGGGGCGCGACGUUCCUUCUCGUCAUCGCCUACAGCUACGACGAUACACACAUCCCGCAAUAUGGCAACCCCGGCGUCGGCUACACCGUCUUCUGGCGCCGUCUUCUUCUCGUCCUCAUCGGCGUCGCCGCCGCUACAAUCCUGCAAAUUUUCCCACGGCCUCCCUCUGCCGCCCGCCACAUCAGCAAAACCCUCUCGCACAUGCUCCGCACACUCUCGGACCACUACGCCCUCCUCCUCUCUUGCUGGGGCCGGCCCUCCCGGCGCGACGCACACCUCCUCGCUGAACCGCUCACCCUGCACCUCGCCGAAUCCCUCGUCACACUCGACGGCCCAAUCGCCCUCCUCCGCUUCGAAUUCUCCAGCUCGCGCUUCGACAGCGCCGCCCUCGCGCGUGUCAAGACCCUCACCCACAGCAUCAACCGCAACCUCGGCCGCCUCCUACUGCUUUCCGCCGCGCUCCCGCCCCCCCUCCAGGACCGCCUCGCCCGGCAAACCGGGCUGCUCGACCACCGCGCCAUCGGCGACGUCAUGGCCGUCCUGGCCGUGUGCGAACAGGCCCUCAAGACGGGUGACCCGCCGCCGGAGAUCUUGCCUGCGCCGCUGCUCCGCCGCGCAAUGGAGUACUGGCAUGAUCACCCGGUGGAUCUGGCGCUGUCGCCGGAGUUGAUGCGUGACGAGAGUUAUCGGCGGUUUUGUGUCGCGCUGAGUGCGUACCUGAAGUUUUUGGGUGCGAUUGAUGAACUCGUGCUGGUGGUUAAGGGCGCGCUGGGUGAGGCGCAUCUCGUUUCGGAGGAGUUGGUGGAUCUUGUCUAG